AGAGCGUGAAGGCAACAUUUCAAAGGGGUGGCUGAGUCCCGACUGUUUUGACGUAGGCAACUUCCAAUGUAAGACACCGACUACGGAAGAUUAGAUCGAGAAUCUUAUGAAGAUAUUGACGACACUCGGCAAUACUCAGGCCAAACAUGCCUUUUCCUCUGCGGCGUUGAGAUCAUGAACGAGGAAGGGGUCCUGGAAUUGAUUUGGCGCCGUUUCUUACAUCGACUACCUACACGUUUCUCUCUUUUGAACUGACUACUGGACGGUGCUCGGCUUCCAACUCGCGCAGAAAAUAGCAAAAUUGCAAAAUUGAGAAUUCGAGAGAAGACGACGACUGCCUAAGGUCUACCACCCAAAACCGAAUGCAGAUGUUACCAAACUUCUUGAUAUGCUAGAGGCAGAUCACCAGGAAGAUUGAGUGAGUACUUUAAAAUCUAUAUAGAAAAUAAAGUUUACCCCAACAUAAAAAUCCAGCGAACUCAGCACGGAAAAUGUCAUCAAAAUUGGGGGUGAAUAAGAAAGCUAUGUGCAUUUUUAAUUUUGGGCUUAAUUUCACAAAACAGUUAAAUGAACAUCCAGGUCGGUAUGAAAAUUAUGGGACUGAUUACGUCACCCACUCACAAUUUCUUUCGUGAUUCAUUAUAUGAAAAAGGAAAUGUCUUAUUUUCCUCAUUGUGAAACAAAGAGGAAAAUAAAUCUGUCGGAUCCCUCGGACGUCCGCAUACUCGCUAUAACCUUCGCCCUCGCACCGAAGUCUCCAUCACUUGACAAAGUUGAGCAGCAGCCAACGAAACGUCGCGUCGUGAACUCUCUUAGAGUUUCAACCGCUUCGCCAGACAACUGAUCAACCAACUCUAAAGAUUUAUUUCUCCUGAAUAACUCGAACCACUAUGGAACUUUGUGGUUCAGUCAGGUUGGUCAAUACGUUGUCGAAUCUGUAAAAAUUGAAAUAUGGUUUACUUCAACCAAUAAAAGAUAAAAUAAAUAAUGAGUUAGUAAAAUCAUUAACUCUCUCAUUUCCAUAUCCCUGGGUUGUGCAUAUAAUUUUAUGGGACAAAUAAGCAAAAAUUUAAAAUGUCAUUACCUUUUAUUGAACAAUCCUAAUCCCAUUCUACACCUAUCCACCGGGUCCUGACAAUGACUUCUAUAUUUUGAGCAGGUUUUCUAUACUUGAUAAAAUUAUGGUUAACGUAACAAUUUUCCAUAAUUAAAAUAAAAUCCAUAAUUAUUUAACCCUAAAACAUUCUUCUAAAAUUAAAUGUCAUGAUUAUGAAUAAUAUGAUUAAUAAACUACAUAUAUUUCUGAACAUUUUCUUGUGGAAUUCAUUACAUAAACACAUUAAUUAUACAUGAUGCAGAGGCGGAUGUACCUUUUACCAAAGAGGGGGGGGGGGGGCUUUCCAUGGGCAGUCAUUCAUUUUAUUUAUUUAUUUAUCUUGCUCAUUCAACAAAAGUUGAUAUUCCAUGACGCCCUGGAUAACAAACGAUACAACUAUAUACAAUUAAAAUCAAUCAAUGGUGAUAAUGUAUAUCCAGUCAUCAGUUCAUAUGAUAUUGUUAAAAUACAGACGUAUAAAGUUACAACAGCAUUAUAUAAAGUAAUACAUAAAAAGAGAUGAUAGUUAAAAACAUCAGUCCUGAAAGGGGAAUUGGUAUUGCAUCCCAGUUGAUCGGCCUAGGCAAGAUUGAGGAAAUGUCUUUUAACAGAAAGUUUGACAUUAUUUGGGGUUUUAACAUUUUUAACACUUUGGGGGAGUCUAUUCCAUAGAACGCUUGCAUCAUAACAUAAAGCAGUUUCACAAUAAUCGGUACGGCCAUGAUGAGCACUUUGUCGAGUAUUUGCAUUAUGAACUUUAGAUAUUUCUUUGAAAACAUUUUUAAAACAAUCUGCUGAUAAGUUAUGAAGGCAUUUGUAAAUAAAUAUACACCUGAGGUAUUCUACUAUUUUCUUUAAAGGCAUCUAUAUUAAACGUCUAAACAUUUCAUUAGAGGGGGUUUACAUAUACAGUUUAAAAUAAGUCUUGAUGCCUUCUUUUGCAAUUUAGUCAACUUAUCAAUUUGAGCUAAAUAACUAUUCCCCCAAAUUUCGCAACAGUAAUCCAUUUGUGUUUGAAUGAGGCAUACAUAUAAUAAUUUCAUUGAAGCUUCAUCAGCAUAUGGUUUGACUCUUCUGAGCAUGGCAAGUCCUGCAAAUACUUUUCUACAUACAUAUUCAACAUGGUCAACAUGAUUGCACCAUGACAAAUUAGCAUUAAUAAUAACACCAAGACAUUUAAAACUAUUACACUUUUCAAUUUCAAUACUUUCAUACUUAAUACGCAUAUUUUAAUACCUUUAGUCUUUUUAAAUUCAAAUGAUCAUAUAUUUGCUUUUAUCAACAUUUAAACAUAGCUUUUUUUAACUUGAUCCACCUAGCGAUUGCAUCAAAAUCAUUCUGAAAUUUUUCUUGUAUCUCAUAAAUAGACGUAGUACUUACAUAUAGGGUAGUAUCAUCAGCGUACGUUACUAACUUUCCAUGAUUCAAAACGUUUAACAUAUCAUCAAUAUAAAUAAAAAAAAAGUAAGGGACCUAAUAUAGAUCCUUGUGGAACUCCACGGGAAAUACAUCGAUCAUUUGAUUUAGCAUUUUUUAUCGCAACAAAUUGUUUUAUGUUAUUUAGAUGCCAAUCAAACCAUGCUAAAUUAAGACAAAUCACUUAAAUCAAUAAUCUUUAAUUUAUUUAACAACAUAGACGCAUUUACAGUAUCAAAAGCAGGUUUUAAAUCAAUGAAGAGUGCUCCUGUAAUUUGACUUUUGUCUAUAGCAUUUAACCAAUCAUCAGUUGAAAAACCGUGGGAUGAUGAUGUAGAAUGGCCAGGUCGAAAUCGAAUCCGUGCUAUGCCAAGAGUAUUAUUCGAAACCAAAUAAUCAUAUAACUGCUGAUGGACAAUUUUUCAAAGAUCUUGCUGUAGUCGGUAAAAUAGAAAUUGGUCGAAAAUUGCAAACAGAAGUAAAUUCACCUUCUGAAAAUAAUUUUUAAGUCAUUAUGCCCAUGUGUGGCCUUACCUUAUGAAAAGUCAACUGGGUUGAACACAGUUUGUUGUAACAUAUUUUAGUAUAAUUAUGUGCAAUGCCUCAAAAUGACUUUUUGUAACACAAACUUGUGCCGAAAAAAUGCAGUCAAAAUAAGUUUGUCAGUUGACAGUAAACUGCUCAUCAACAUCGGCAGCAUAGGGCAUUAAAAAACAUACACUUGUUCUUCAAUACCUAUAAAACUUAAUCACUAUUGCAUAAUUAUGAUUCCCUAUUGUACUAUGAUUCCCGAUCAUUCCCAAACCAAGGGUUCAAAUCCCUUCCAUCUUGAUCUCAUGUACCCACCUAAAACCUGACAAGAAUAUAUGGGCACAGAUAAAACAUAUGGGUCCCAUAUGCGUAUUACCAUCUUGAGCCCAUUUAGAAAUACCCAUCUGUAACCCAACUAGGAUAGAUUGGCACACUUACAACCCACGUGGGUCCCAUAUUCAUAUUACCAUCUUUACCCUAUUUAGAAUUACCGAUCUGUAACCCAACUCGGAUAUUUUGGCACAGAUAAAACCAACAUGGGUACCGUAUGCUUUGCACACCUGGGCCCCGUGUAGCAAUAUCCAUGUGUUUUCGAAAUGGGAUUUAUUUGGGGAAUAUGGGCCCAUAUGGGACCCAGAUAAAAAAAAACGUAAGCGACCCAGAUCGUUUGCUGUCUGGGUACUGGCACAUGGUGGCGCGCAGCCGCUCCAAAAUAUUGAAUAUUACGCUACAAACUUUUUCUCUACUGUGUUUACAUGUGAUCGGUUUUUGGUUCAGAACCAAUAGCCGAUGCAGAAUCGGCUUUUGGUUUAUCUUGCACCGCGUUUACACGCUGUUACAGCUCGCGGUGCAGAAUCGGCUCGCGUGUCAAAAACUUGAAAUGAUACGCACACCAACACUAUACCUCAUAAAAAAGACAACGCUGGGUCCGUGCGCUUACAAUUACGUCACAAUGGUAAAGUAAAUGAAAUGCACACCAAUUGCCGAUGCAGAAUCGGCUUUCUGUUUACACGUAGUAAAAAAGCCGAUUCUGCAUCGGCUCGCGGUUCUGAAACUACUACUUUGGUGGUGCAAAAUUGCCGAUUCUGAACAGAGAGCCGAUGCAAGUUAAUCGCGUUUACACGCUAUGAAAAAGCCGAUGCUGCAUCGGCUCGCGAUUCAGAUCCGCGAGCCGAUGCAAAAGCCGAUCACAUGUAAACAUGGUAUUCGUCACGCAAAAUUCAAUUUUUGGCGCGGUUAGGCGCCACUACGCGCCAAUUGGGAAGUAGUUUGAGUCAAUGCUCGCCACUGGCACCUUGGCCACACGAGGCGCCACAACAGCUUUGUAUUGGCGCGAACUGGAGCCGGCUAAGUGGUCUCAUAGCAUAUUAAAGCGAAAUAGCACAACCAUAACUUAGCGUUUCUCCAUGAAUAUAUAUUUUUUUUUGGGGGGGGUGGUGAGGGCGGAUUUUUCAAAGGCUGAUGAUGCUAACGUGAAUUGUUUCAUUGAUGGGGUACUCUGCAUCAUGGAGAAUUUUUUUUUUCCUUUUUUUAUUAUUAUUUCAGAUUUCGUGUUAUCUUGACACCUCUCUAUAUAAUCACUUCAAUAUGUAGAUAUUUGUUCUAUUAUUUCUUAUUUAUUUGUCUCUUUUUUUUACCACAGGGGACAUCAUAAUACAGAUAGCUAUGGUCUAGUCGGAAGGUCGACUACGAAAGCAUAUCCGGGUCUUUUUGCUGUUACUCAGAGCUGUCUUCACAUGUAGCCUAUUACUAAAGUUUAAAGACAAAUUGAGUAACACAUUUUCUUUCGAAAUAAGUUUAUCAUUCUGUUGAUCAUAUACUAAUAUAUAUGCAAGUCUUACAUAUUCGCUAGAUAAUUUUAAUUUUCUGCUGAGGAAAAAAGAAACAAUAAUUAUGGCGACACUUGAGCAUACCGUUUCGCGGGGUUUACAGUGUCCAGUUUGUUUGAGUUUGCUAAAUGAUCCCAAGCAACUAUCAUGUACACAUACGUUUUGUCAAAAAUGUAUCCGAGAUAUUCUAGCGUGCUCUUUACAGAAUAGUACUGUAACUUGUCCAUUAUGUAGAAUCAAAACAAAUGUCGCGGAUGGAAAUGUUGCCAAUCUUAAAACUAAUGUACCUGUUAAGUCACUUGUUGAUGACGUCAGGAAAAGCAAACAACUAUGUGACAUGUGUGACGAGCAAUCAGAAGCCGCACACUUCUGUUGCGAUUGUGGUAAGAACAUGUGUAACGCAUGUCUGCAAGCUCAUAACACAUGGAAACCACAUCUUAAACAUGAAGUAGUGAGCGUUGAAGACAUCAGAGAGGGUAGGGUAGUAUUAAAGAAAAAGGUUUACUGUCAAGAAGAAGUACACCAAUCAGAAGAGUACGAAUGCUCUGAUGUAUGCACGACAUGUAAGAAGCUCAUUUGUAUGAGAUGUCGCAUGCUCUACCACGAGAAAACAGGCCACGAUGUGCAAGACUUAAGAGAGUACAAUUCGUCUUUCACAGAGAGUUCUGAAUUACUUCAGGGUCAAGGAAAGACAAAAGCUACAACAGUCAAGAAUCAUAUGAAGUGUAUUGAUAAUCAAAUUAAACGUGUCAAUGAUCACAUUGAUGCGGAAAAUGCGAAGCUUGACAAGAUUUGUGAAGAAGCUAUCAAGAAAAUAAAAGAGAGGAAUGCUACCUUGAAAAAGCAACUAGAAGAUCAGAGAGAAGAAUUAUGCAAGAGUUUAAAUGAUAUGAAAAUUGAUGAUAAGAGGAUGGUUAAGAGCAUUGAGAGUGCGAGUGAUUUGCUGAGUAAUACUUUGAAAGCCCCACUAGAAGGAGAUGUUGUAGCAAUUCGUGAUUCAUUGUCUGGUGAAUUGAAGAAUGUAUUAGAUAGAGAUGAUCCAAAGGUAAAGGUUGCUAUUGAUGUAGGUGAUCAUGCAGAGGAACUGACGUUUACACCAAGCUGCGAUCCUGAUGCAUUAUCAUUGGGGGAACUGAGGUUUGUGAAAUGUAAGCCGAAAUGCAAUGUACUACUCUCAGAGAGAGGACAUAUGAAUGGCAUAGCUGCUACAAAUAAUGGUAUGAUGGCUGCUGGUUAUAGUACAGGAGGGAUCGAUAUCUUCUCUGCUGAUGGUCAGCUAGUAAGGACAGUCUUUAAAGAUGUAAGGAUAAAAACGAUAGAAUUCCUCUCUGAUGAUCGUUAUGUUGUGCGCAGUUAUAAUAAUAAUAUAUCACUGUACACAUCAGACGAAGAGAGACAGGAUGUGACAUUCGAUACUCUAAGUGAUGGUGAAGGUGGGACAGGUGGUCUCACUGUAGACAGCAAUGAUCUGAUCUAUGUUAGCUACAGGAAAGCUAAUAAGAUCCAGGUAUUCUCACCAUCAGGUGGGAAGGCUAUCAGGGAGAUACCAUGCGAUGGGUAUGAACCUUCGCAAAUCAAAAGUUAUGGUGAUUCGUUGAUCGUUAAGCAGUUUAUGAAUGCAAUAAUACGUAUUGAUGAAAAGGGUGGUGUAAUGCAUAAAUUAACGAAACCAGUGGAAAAUAACCUCUUUGCUGAUGUGAGUAAAGACAACACAAUCCUAGUCGCCUCUGUAAGACACGAGGACGGCCUGCUCAAUAUCGAUGAGUACACCGGUGAACUGAAACACAUCAAGACUCUUAUAUCUGAUUACAAGAUUGAGAAAACGGAGAGGCAAUGGUAUUACCUAAAACAGUUUCAAUCAGGAGAGAUAGCUUUCUGUACACCGGGUAGGCUCUACAUAUUCAAUCUAGUAACUAGUGAAUUAUCUCGUGUGAAUAUUGUGUUUUGCAGCCAAAUCUCUAAAUAAUUAACAUAUUCUUCAAUUUAUCUGUGUCAAUAUCAAUCUUGGUAGGAAUUUCCCAUUAAUGUCAAGAAUCAAGAAAUUGUAUUCAUUCCAAUCGAUCUCCCCUAAACAAAGAAAAAAUUACGCAUACCAUAGUAUAGUUCAACUUAAAUGUAUAUGAUAUACAACCAUUAACCCUAACUAGGCCGGGCUUUUUUGGCUAUUCUGUGGCCUGGGGGGGAGGGGGGGUUGAUUCAACCCCCCCCCUGAGAUCUCGCCCGCCGAUCGUGCGAGCGCCGUAAAAAAUUUGCACGCUGGUAGUGUGCGAUGUAAUCUACAAGGCUGUAUGAUAAAAUUUUCCAAAAUAAUGAGAUUUUAUUUUAUAUGAAUUAAUUAUGCUAAUUUAUGCAUAAAUCAUACUUUUUGCUCUAAUUCACUAAAUAAAGCUCCUAGAAUGCUAAUUUUUGGUAAAAAUAUUCUUUGUAGCAUUCUUAACAAUGGCAAUUGAAAAAAACUUCGGUUUGGAAAUCAAUUUCUUAUGUAUUUUAUUGUUUUAUGAAUUUCUUAUGUAUUUCUUUGUUUUUCAACCUUUUGUUUUUCUUUGUUUUUUUCACCAGAUUUAUUGCACAACCUUUUUGAAGCAUAAUUAUGCUAAAAUCAAUUGCUUUCAGCUGUUUAAAGUAAAAAUAAUCAUAUCUUUAUGAAUAAGAUGAGUAAACUCAAUUUUCAUUGACUUUGUACACAAAAUCACGUUUUGGAACAAUUUUUGGUCUGACAUGCACUUACAAAAUAUUGCGUAAUUUCGGAACCGCGUACCCAGGCGUCGUAAAUUUGGUCUCAAAAGAUGCGCGAGACGUAAAACUAUAAACUCUGCGAGUGGCGUGGUCAAAAAAAUUCGUGCGGCGGAAUGAUCGCAGAAAAUGUUGAGGGGGUUGAAUCAACCCCCCCCCCCCCGGCCAUUUUAGGGUUAAAUACAUUCAUUGGUUUAAAAUACAUACGAAAUUAAUGUAAUGAAAUUUGAUACUCUGCUAAAGUUAAAAAUAUAACUUAAAUUGUAGAAGCUCUGUCCCAAGUUAUACCCCAACUGUAUCAUGUUUAGCCCAUUUUCCGGCAUUUCAUAUUAGGGGUUAUAAUGAUUUUACUGUUCCUUUAUUUACCAUUCCUAAAAUAAAGCAGUUUGAGCGCUUUACUGAAAUCUCCAUUUGUAGUAGAAACUAUUUGAACAAAGUGACUGUUUAAUGUUGCUCUUUCUUUCUUUGUAAUUAUAAUAAUUUUAGAUAUUCUUAUUUAGAAAGAAAUAUGUUCCAACAUAAAUACAUGUAUAUGACACCAAAUCAAUAUUGAAAAGUGAAACACAACUGAUUACGUUGAUUAUUCCAAAAAGAUUAAAACAUACAAUUAUUUCAUAACCAAAUUUACUUGCUUGCUGAAGUAAUGAAUAUUCUAUGAGAUAAACGACUGAUGUUGACAACGCGACCAGUAAUGAGUCUGGUACCAGUACCCUUUAGUAAAGAUGAAAGACUUUUAAAAUGUAUUAUUUUUUUGUUGAGAAUGGGGAUUAAUAAAUACUAGUCUCAAUUGAUAUUAUGUAGGCGCAUGCAAGAUUGCAAGUAAGUGCAUGCAAGAUCUUGGGGAUGGGCCGGGAAUAUUCAGGGAAUAGAAAUAAAGAAAAAAAAAUUAAAAAAGCAAUGAUUAAUCGCAAUAACACUUCAAUACAAUUAAAAAUAAUCAAUCGACCAAUAUCAGAUCAAUACGGCAAAAAAUUCUGAUGUUGAAAAAUCCAGGCGAAAGUUGCCCCUACACUUGGCUUUUCAUAGACCCAAUAUUGAGAGAAGUGAGUUGAUAGACAUGAUACACGUGACGUGAUAACGGUGGAUUACAAACUAGAGAGUAGCAUUUUCUUUUCAUUCAGUCUUUAUCAUUUAAAUAUGAUUUGGGUCGUAUGGUAAUACUGGUGAGAUUAUUAUAAAUAAUAUACGAAAUGCAUGCAUAUGAUACAGAUUUACAUUAGCCGAAUAGAAAGAUGGUGUGUAUUAUUUGUAGAUUACUUCUCUUGGUGUUAUAUGAUAAAAUAAUAAAUGAUAAAUCCAUAAUUUAUUGUUCGAAAUAGACAUGAAAUGAAAUGCUCCGAAAAUGUGCUUUUGCCCAAUUGAUCGUGGGCCCGGCAGCCGCUGUGCAGCGCCAGAUCGACGAGGCUCUAUCCCUUUAAUCGUUGAACGCCAAACAGGGUAGCAGCAACUCCCAUCUUUUAACGUCUUUUGGUCUGACGCGGCCAUAUUUAAAUAUACUCUACUUGGAUGCUAUGGUAUGUUCACGAUUUCGAUAAAUUUAUCAGUUUGUUAAUAAUAAUUUCCAUUACAUAUUCCUUUUUUGUUUUCGAUAUUAUCACUAACAUAACCAUAAAUCAAUGAGCGAUGACAACAAAAAUACAUGUCGAAUUCGAUGUCAAUACAAAUGGAAAUCAUAAGAACCACCAUUCCAUUCAUGGCAUCGCAAGUUGGGAAUAACCUUCAUCAAAAUGUAAACAGAAAUGUACAGUCAUUAUGUUCACAGCUAACGAAUGAAAGGAGGUAUAUAGGCCUAUAAAUGUAUAUACAUAUUUCGUUUAUUUUUUUAUAACGUUUAUUGCGCUUAUUAAUUGUAUUAGGUUGUAACUUCGUUUUAUUUCAGAUGGCUCAAUCGAAGGGGAAAAUGUUCAUCGUAAUACAAUUAUACUGAGUUUUUUUCUUAAAGUGCAUUGUUUUAUAUUUGAUCACAUGUAAAGGACUAAGUGUGUUCAUAUUGUAAAACAGCUGAAAAAAGUUAUACAUACCACUAAACCCUUUCUAUUUCCGCAGUCAUUUCACCAAACAAAUAAAAAAUAAAAAAAUAAUUUUAUUUGCAUUGUAUAUUAUUUGUUCUCAUUCAUUCAUUCAAUCAUAAAACUAGUUAUUUGAAUUCAUUAAGACCAAUCAAACGUUUCAAACAGACUUGUAGAUGGAAAAUUCAAACAGUGCCCUUCCAUCUAUAUGUUCAAACACAUGCUAAAGUCCAAUUUUUAUACAUUAUACAUUUAUAUAUAUAUUACAAGUGGUGUCCAUUACGUGCACUUUUGCAUAAAAUUUUAACCAACUGUUGUAUUUGUUUUUUGUCAUUUAAUAUAGCAUUUAUAAAAAGUAAUUAAUAUUAUUAACAGGGAGACCGACGAAAGAAAAAUAAAUGGAUUCAAGGGGAUGCAUGGUCAUAACAAAUUUAUAGAUAAUAAAACAUGUAUCAGGAAAGUAAUGGGGCUUCCAGAGCUAUGAAUAAGAGAAACGAAAAAAGAAAAAGGAAGAAAGAAUGACAAAAGUGGGAUUAAAUUAAAGGAAAAAAAAAGAUACAAGAUUGUUGCCAAAAGUGCUCAGUAUGGCCUAAUAGAGAUCUUUCUUGGCUGGACAAAUACAAUUUGUGAAAAGAAUUUCAGGAAUAUUUCAUAAGUCAGUCCUCAAUAGUCAACUUAUCACGCUUUCACAAUACUUCGUUUCAAGUUUAGGUACUAUUAUUCUUUCUUGCCCUGCAAUCAUUUAACUCUCAUCCAAACAUAUUGACAUGUUAUAUUUAACAGUAAUUAUAAUUUUUUUUUAAUUUUUUUUUUAAAGUGAUAUUGGAGGUCAUU